AUGUCAGAUUUACUAAUUCGCGGAAGUGUGCCACCCAACGUGAAGUUUGAAGUGGAUGAUUUAGACGAGGAGUGGAACUGGUCGCAACCAUUCGACUACAUUCACAGCCGAUUCAUGAACGCAUCAAUUGGCAAUUGGAAAACCUUUGCAACCAAGGUUUUUAAUCACCUCACCCCAGGUGGAUAUGUCGAACUAGUUGAACUAGACCUGCAUGCACGCUCCGACGACGGAACAUUGAAGUCGGACUCUGCUAUUUCCAGAUGCACUGAAUUGCUUGGAGAAGCUGCCGGCAUUUUCGGACGUCCUUACCAGGAGAUUCCGCCUCUUGUGAAGGUUCUUGAGGAUGCCGGCUUCGUGGACGUCAAGAUGGAGGUGCAUAAGUGGCCGACCAACGAUUGGCCGAAGUAUCCCGAGUAUAAGGAGCUGGGCAUAUGGGCUAACGAAAACUUCAUUGCUGGAUUUGAAUCCUUCACUAUGGCACCCUUGACCAGAGCUCAUGGCUGGACAAAGGAGGAGGUCCAAGUUUUUCUCGUGGAAGUGCGAAAAGAGCUGGGGAACAGAUCCAUUCACGCGUACUGGCCAAUGUACAACAUCUACGGACGAAAGCCUUCCGAGAAAAACUCAGUCCUAGCACAUUGA